AUGCUGAAAAUGAAGCUGCCCAUUCGAAUAGCAGAAGGAGACCAUACCGUCGAAGACGAGCAGGAAAAUACCGAUUGCAACAGUUACAGUAUUGAUUCGGUUCCAUACUGUGGCGUGAGCCACCGGUUCAAACGUUCAACGAGGGAGUCAUAUCGCCUGUCGCAAAUUGACAAGAAGGCUGUGUUUGAGUGGUUCGGCUUGCACCUCAGCCCAGCAAAGCGGAUAGAGUUUAUGUACGGACUACUUCAUAUGUGUCAACCACUUGAGAUUCGCUUUUUGGGAUCCUGUCUUGAGGACCUUGCACGGAAAGAUGUCCACGUCCUCCGGGACUUUGAGAUAACGGCAAACUGUCAAACCGAUUUGGCCCUCCUUAAGGACGUUGCCGACCCUGUUGUGCGUUCCAAACUACUUGUCUACCUGUCACUUUUGCGAUCUGGAAACAGAGAAUGUGCGGACACACUGUAUCGUGCUUUGAGAAAUAUAGAUCCAGCGCUGUACUUAAAUAGUUAUCAUGGCGUUCCAUUAUCUCCACGUGGUGCGAACACUCAGAAUGUACCUGAUCAACAUUGCCCUUGCGAGGUUGGAAUGGAUUCUGGAAGUGUGGUGCAUCCCAGCGCGACUCCACUGGAGGCAGAGUCGGGUUCCUUGGAGCACUUGGCGCUGCUUUUCUCCAUGGCCUCGCUGCACCCUGCGUUCCCUUUUUACCAGAGGGAUACUGUCAGACACCAGUUGGACAAUGUGGAACGGGCCAUAGAGGAGAUCAUGGAUAGCCACAAACGCACGAGUGUCCAGGUAAACACCACUUGACAGUGGCAUGUUUAUAGUGACCGCCAUUGUAAACAAACUCGUAGUAUUUGGGACCGCGGGAGGAAGGGCUUUCUUGUCUUGUGAUUAGAGUUGAUAGUCUCGGGGUUAGGGCGGAUUCCCGUGAUUGACUGAAGUGAAUUUAAGGUGGCUUCCUCAUCUUACCUCCUCUCCUUAGUUUACCUCCUUAGCUACCCACUCCUUAUUGUCACAGACUUGAUUGAACUGGGCAGGUGAAAGGAUCUAACUCCUCUGAUUGGCUUCCACCACAUUUACUAUCCAAUGUCAUUAGAUCAUUACAGGUGAGGAAACGAGAAGAAAGCCAGUGAAUUCACUACUGGACUAUUGAGAUGCACCCUCCGGGGGCCCCAAUAAAACUUUCUGGACAGUUACUUUGACAAUAAUUAACUAUAUGUAUUAUAAAACAAAGACCACCCCUUUUUCUAAAAUAUUACUGGCCACCUUAGCCAUAGGAAUGAACAGAUUACUUUUUAAUCAAAGUCUAUAUAGAAUCAACUAUUCUCCAUUUCAGUCAUCUUAGUUUAGAUGGCACAAUGUAGCAAUUUAUUUCUGCUAAAGUGGGGCCAAAUAAUUGAUGUAGGAAUAGACUGUAAUAGCAUGUACUGUGAAUAGGCUUGUGGGGUAAGUAAAGAGGUUCAAACAUUUCAUGCCAAGUAGUAAUUCAAAGCACUGUUUCAUUUCCAAGAACAGUCUUGAAUGCAUGGCCAUAUGACUACAGUCGUGGUCAAACGUUUUGAGAAUGACACAAGUAUUGGUCUUCACAAAGUUCGCUGCUUCAGUGUUAUGAGAUAUUUUUGUCAGAUGUUACUAUGGUAUACUGAAGUAUAAUUACAAGCAUUCCAUAAGUGUCAAAGGCUUUUAUUGACAAUUACAUUAAGUUUAUGCAAAGAGUCAAUAUUUGCAGUGUUGACCCUUCUUUUUCAAGACCUCUGCAAUCCGCCGUGGCGGAUUAACUUCUGGGUCACAUCCUGACUGAUGGCAGCCAUUCUUGCAUAAUCAAUGCUUGGAGUUUGUCAGAAUUUGUGGGUUUUUGUUUGUCCACCCGCCUCUUGAGGAUCGACCACAAGUUCUCAAUGGGAUUAAGGUCUGGGGAGUUUCCUGGCCAUGGACCCAAAAUGUUGAUGUUUUGUUCCCAGAGCCACUUAGUUAUCACUUUUGCCUUAUGGCAAGGUGCUCCAUCAUGCUGGAAAAGGCAUUGGUCAUCACCAAACUGUUCUUGGAUGGUUGGGAGAAGUUGCUCUCGGAGGAUGUGUUGGUACCAUUCUUUAUUCAUGGCUGUGUUCUUAGGCAAAAUUGUGAGUGAGCCACUCCCUUGGCUGAGAAGCAACCCUACAGAUAAAUGGUCUCAGGAUGCUUUACUGUUGGCAUGACACAGGACUGAUGGUAGCGCUCACCUUGUCUUUUCCGGACAAGGUGUUUUCCAGAUGCCCCAAACAAUCGGACAGGGGAUUCAUCAGAGAAAAUGACUUUACCCCAGUCCUCAGCAGUCCAAUCCCUGUACCUUUUGCAGAAUAUCAGUCUGUCCCUGAUGUUUUUCCUGGAGAGUGGCUUCUUUGCUGCCGUUCUUGACACCAGGCCAUCCUCCAAAAGUCUUCGCCUCACUGUACGUGCAGAUGCACACACACCUGCCUGCUGCCAUUCCUGAGCAAGCUCUGCACUGGUGGUGCCCCGAUCCCGCAGCUGAAUCAACUUUAGGAGACAGUCCUGGCGCUUGCUGGACUUUCUUGGGCGCCCUGACGCCUUCUUCACAACAAUUGAACCUCUCCUUAAAGUGCUUGAUGAUCCGAUAAAUGGUUGAUUUAGGUGCAAUCUUACUAGCAGCAAUAUCCUUGCCUGUGAAGCCCUUUUUGUGCAAGGCAAUGAUGACGGCACGUGUUUCCUUGCAAGUAACCAUGGUUAACAGAGGAAGAACAAUGAUUUCAAGCACCACCCUCCUUUUAAAGCUUCCAGUCUGUUAUUCUAACUCAAUCAGCAUGACAGAGUGAUCUCCAGCCUUGUCCUCGUCAACACUCUCACCUGUGUUAACGAGAGAAUCACUGACAUGAUGGCAGCUGGUCCUUUUGUGGCAGGGAUGAAAUGCAGUGGAAAUGUUAUUCUUUUGGGAUUAAGUUCAUUUUCAUGGCAAAGAGGGACUUUGCAAUUCAUCUGAUCACUCUUCAUCAGAUUUUUCACUUUAAAAUGUAUACCAAACAAACACCAUUUGAUUUUAAACCAUACAACUCUAUGCACAAGGACUACUUUUAACCAUUUCCACUGGACAUUUUACAAAAACACAUUUACAGAAAUAACUGUGCAGAUGCAAAUUUUGGUAACAGAAUUACGGUAAACUAUCCCAGUUUUAUUCUGUUACCGAACUUUGUAUCUGCACAGUUCUUUCUGUAAAUGUGUUUUUGUAUGUUCAGUGGAAAUGGUUAAACGUAGUUGUAUGGUUUGUUAAACUUUGAAAUCAAUGGUGUUUGUUUGGUAUACAUUUUAAAGUGAAAAAUCUGACAGUGUAAUUCCGUUACCAUGGAAUUGCCCCCUGUGCACCAGGAGAAUAGAGAGAGAGCUUAUCUGGCUUUAGCAGACAUGCUGGCCAUGGCUACUGUGUCUUCUGUCAUCUUGUCCACAGCAGCUAGCUAGCCUAUAGGAAUGGGAACACCCGGCAUUCUUGUUUAUGAUUGCAUUGUGAUCUAACUUUGCAUUGUGUUGGAGAAACCUCUUUCUCUCCCUAUCUCUCUUUCUCUCUCUCACCCUCCCUCUCUUUCUCUCAUCCAGUGAAAAAGCCAAGAGUUUUAAUGAGACAGACAUCCUCUUGCUCAUCUGUCUGUCUGACUGCUCUCUUAAAGGGGCAUUCUGUAAUGCUGUCUUGGCUGGCUCUCAGCAUAAAGACUUGUCUCAUUCAGACAGUUAGUUUGCCUACACAUCCCUGUGGAUUGGCAGUAUUUCUAAUCCAUAUGGAGCUGACUUAUGAAUAGAAAUUAAACUGAAAAUAAGAAGAAAAAAAAGUAUUUCUCAAAGCAUGCGGAGAGAAGGAAAUUAGUAUUGGUUCCAGUUGUUCAGUGCUGUAAGGGGGCAGUUGUUUGGUGGGACUAUGAUUGAAAGGUAUUUCACUGUACUUGUGCAUGUGACAUUAAAACUUGAAACUUGAUUGGGGGAGAAAGCACAAUUACAUACUAAACCAUCCAUCUCUUCACUUUCCUGGUUGCAGCAGAAGCAGCACGCCCUUCGAAGGGAGGACCUCAGCCCCAGGAGCACUGACAUGGGUCAGUCGGGCUGCUGUAUUCCCAAUCAGCUCCCCAACAGGAGAUCAUCCCAGAGAGAAGGUAGUCUCAAUCCUGUUUGUCAUUGUGUCCUCUGAGGUCUCUCAUUCCCAUGUUGAGAGGAUUGUUCAAAACAAGAUGUAUUUGAGCCUAGUGCAUUUGAGGUGAAACAAGAGACCCAAACAAAUGGUCAGAUAUGAUACAAUAGACAGGAUAUAUUUUAAAUUAUCUGUAUUUUUAACAGUAAUCAAAAUUACAUUGAGAUGAACACAGUGGCGUACUGCAGGUUUUUGGAAAACAGUUAACUUCCUGUAAUUCUACACAUUCUGCCAUGGGGCAAAGAGAAAAAUGUGCAAAAUGUUCCUGUUUUAAAGCAAAUCUCCUGCAAUUCUACACAUUUUUGCCAUGGGGCAUAAAAUAUUGCAUAAACAAUCUGAAGCUCAGGUUAAAAUAGUUGCUGUUUUAUAGCUAACUCAUGCUAUUCUACACAUUUUGCCAUGAGGCUAAGGAAACCAUUUUCAUUUUCAAAGCUAAUGUCCUGCAAUGAAUUGCUCAAAAAAAUAACCCUGGUCUUCUUUCUUCCUGCAGCAGUUCACAUUGACAAGAUUGUGCUAAAGAGGAUAUCUUGGAACCGAGUAAACAGUGAAUACAGUAUUGAGGUAUGUAUGUUCAUGUUUGGACUCUGUGCCUUGGUAUGUUAUUUUUUUGUAUUGUUUAUUCUGAUAUUCCUGUGUAUUUUAUUUCUCAUACAUUUUGAGGCAUACCCCCUGAAGGAUCUAGGUAUACUUUAUUUGUAUUAGGCCUAUAUAUCGUGGGCCACCAGAUUACUUCGUGCUCCCUCCCAUUCAGAUGAUGGCACUGACAAAACGUUUGUCCUGAGCUUCAGAUUGUUCAUGCAAUAUAGUAUUUUUUUUUGUAUAAUUUUUUCUCUGUAAAUCAUGCAAUGUUCUCUUACAACAUCUGAACAGGCAGAGAUCUAAGACUUUGCCUGGCCCUUAAUCAACAGUCAGUGCUGUAUGGCCAGGCAUCAUUGUGACAGGCAGGACUGUGCUGAGGAGUCGGUGAGGGGGAGGAGGAGAGCAAGACAUAGAGAGCCAGGCUAAAUAGGACAGCAGGAAGGAUUGCGCCCCCCUAUUCACAUGCUGUCCUCCGUUGCAUGAGAACACAAUCUGGUGGAAAUAUGUCCUAGAUCGUUUGCGACUUCAAAACAUCUGCCGUGACUGUUUUUACAAGCCUGCGGCGGCAUCAUAUCAGCCUAUAAAAACGUAAAGUCUUCAAUUUAGACUAGAGGGUUGAAGGACUUGAGGUUAGCUCCAAUAUUUUACAACACUGAGAUCAUGAGAGGGGUCAUCUUGACUGCCUUCGAUCAGACAGCCGUAGUAGUAACAAAAUAGACUAAUAUAUCUGACCAAGGUUGUCCUUAUCUGUGGACUAGUCAUGUAGCUUGUUGAGUAGUUAGACCAAACUACCAACACAUUCUAACACUAAACGGUUAAAAUCAGAUCUGCGUUAUGUGGAUAGCAAAAUAGGCUAUAUUGAGGAGACUUCUGAAUAACACCAGUUAAAGGAAUAGUCCACACAAAAACUAUAUUUUGGUAUUUGUUUCAUUAGUCCAUUGUUGACAUGGUCCCAAAAUUUUUUGCAUGUCACCAAUCAAGUUUUCAAGAUAUAAACUCAGCAAAAAAAGAAACAUCCUCUCACUGUCAAUUGCGUUUAUUUUCAGCAAACUUAAUGUGUAAAUAUUUGUACAUAACAAGAUUCAACAACUGAGACGUAAAUUGAACAAGUUCCACAGACAUGUGACUAACAGAAAUUGAAUAAUGUGUCCCUGAACAAAGGGGGGGUCAAAAUCAAAAGUAACAGUCAGUAUCUGGUGUGGCCACCAGCUGCAUUAAGUACUGCAGUGCAUCUCCUCCUCAUGGACUGCACCAGAUUUGCCAGUUCUUGCUGUGAGAUGUUACCCCACUCUUCCACCAAGGCACCUGCAAGUUCCCAGACAUUUCUGGGGAGAAUGGCCCUAGCCCUCACCCUCCGAUCCAACAGGUCCCAGACGUGCUCAAUGGGAUUGAGAUCCGGGCUCUUCGCUGGCCAUGGCAGAACACUGACAUUCCUGUCUUGCAGGAAAUCACGCACAGAACGAGCAGUAUGGCUGGUGGCAUUGUCAUGCUGGAGGGUUAUGUCAGGAUGAGCCUGCAGGAAGGGUACCACAUGAGGGAGGAGGAUGUUUUUCCUGUAACGACCGCGUUGAGAUUGCCUGCAAUGACAACAAGCUCAGUCAGAUGAUGCUGUGACACACCGCCCCAGACCAUGACGGACCCUCCACCUCCAAAUCGAUCCCGCUCCAGAGUACAGGCCUCGGUGUAACGCUCAUUCCUUCGAAGAUAAACGCGAAUCCGACCAUCACCCCUGGUGAGACAAAACCGCGACUCAUCAGUGAAGAGCACUUUUUGCCAGUCCUGUCAGGUCCAGCGAUGGUGGGUUUGUACCCAUAGGCGACGUUGUUGCCGGUGAUGUCUGGUGAGGACCUGCCUUACAACAGGGCUACAAGCCCUCAGUCCAGCCUCUCUCAGCCUAUUGCGGACAGUCUGAGCACUGAUGGAAGGAUUGUGCGUUCCUGGUGUAACUCGGGCAGUUGUUGUUGCCAUCCUGUACCUGUACCUGUGAUGUUCGGAUGUACCGAUCCUGUGCAGUUGUUGUUACACGUGGUCUGCCACUGCGUGGACGAUCAGCUGUCCGUCCUGUCUCCCUGUAGCGCUGUCUUAGGCGUCUCACAGUACGGACAUUGCAAUUUAUUGCCCUGUCCACAUCUGUAGUCCUCAUGCCUCCUUGCAGCAUGCCUAAGGCAUGUUCACGCAGAUGAGCAGGGACCCUGGGCAUCUUUCUUUUGGUGUUUUUCAGAGUCAGUAGAAAGGCCCAUUUUAGUGUCCUAAGUUUUCAUAUCUGUGACCUUAAUUGCCUACCGUCUGUAAGCUGUUAGUGUCUUAACGACCGUUCCACAGGUGCAUGUUCAUUAAUUGAUAAUGGUUAAUUGAACAAGCAUGGGAAACAGUGUUUAAACCCUUUACCAUGAAGAUCUGUGAAGUUAUUUGAAUUUUUACGAAUUAUCUUUGAAAGACAAGGUCCUGAAAAAGGGAAGUUUAUUUUUUUGCUUAGUCUGCUCUACAGAGACCGUGGUCCUGAGUGUGCACACUAGUGUGACUGUGUGGAGGUGUGUGUGUCACUGAUAUGAAUGUCUAGGCCUUGACCCAAUACCGUCAUCAUCUAGCCCAUCUAUGUGGAUGGGCUGAAUGAAGUGAGGGAUUUUUAUAGAGGAUUUCCCUUGGUCUAUGGGAGAGAGAUCUCUCAGACGAGAGGUUUGUGUCCAACAGGGCAUAGAUAGAACCUCACUUUCCAGUUUUUUUGGGUGGUAGAGAAGUAGAAGGGUUUAAUAUGUUAUUGAACCCUACUGUCUUAUAGCCUACUUGAAAAGGAUGCACUAAUAUAGCAGUUAAGAGGCACUGUACAACCUGUGUUAGAAAUCAACUGGCACAUUCUUGGCUGAAAUGUGGAGGGGGACAGUGAUAAAAUGUUACCAGCCAGUGCUACAAACAAACAAACAAACGAACGAGAGUGAGAGAGAGAGAGGGGUGGCUUGCUGGGCAGUGCCAUCUGCUCUGCUGGGCAUGGUAUAUGAGUGGGGGUAUUAAUAUGUUAAAGAGAAGAGAACAUCAUCUUCAGCACAGGAGGCACUCUGUCUACUCUAGGCCUGUUGUGGAUAACAACACAGCUAAGAGUAGCCUGUACAACUAAGGCAGGCCUGUGCUGAACUCUACAGAGUUUGGUGUAAAACAAUGCUGUGAGAGGAAGCCUAGGCUUAGGCUAUUUACUGGCUGAAUUGUUUCACAUUCAUUCAGUGUUAUUCACGUUUCUACCAAGGCGAUAGUAAUUACAUCCUAGGUUACUUAUUUGUUCUAAACUGAAUAAUAAAAGGGUUGGUUGUCUUGUCGCCCUGAUCAGAGAGGACUUACUGGGUUUAAAACACUCAUUCAUCACCGGUUUGUGAGCUCACUGUUUUCCUUAUCUCUCCUUUUGUGAAGACCAGACAUACAGUGGCUUGCAAAAGUAUUCACCCCCCACCCCCCCAAGGCAAAAUUAAAAUGGAUUUUUUUUGGGGGGGGGGUUGUAUCAUUUCAUUUACACAACAUGCCUACCACUUUGAAGAUGCUAAAUAUUUUUUGGGGUGAAACAAACAAGAAAUAAGACAUAAAAACAGGGAAUUUGAGCAUGCAUAACUAUUCACCCCCCCAAAGUCAAUACUUUGUAGAGCCACCUUUUGCAGAAAUUACAGCUGCAAGUCUCUUGGGGUAUGUCUCUAUAAGCUUUGCACAUCUAGCCACUGGGAUUUUUGCCCAUUCUUCAAGGCAAAACUGUUCCAGCUCCUUCAAGUUGGAUGGGUUCCGCUGGUGUACAGCAAUCUUUAAGUCAUACCACAGAUUCUCAAUUGGAUUGGGGUCUGGGCUUUGACUAGGCCAUUCCAAUACAUUUAAAUGUUUCCCCUUAAACCACUCGAGUGUUGCUUUAGCAGUAUGCUUAGGGUCAUUGUCCUGCUUGAAGGUGAACCUCCAUCCCAGUCUCAAAUCUCUGGAAGACUGAAACAGGUUUCCCUCAAGAAUUUCCCUGUAUUUAGCGCCAUCCAUCAUUCCUUCAAUUCUGACCAGUUUCCCAGUCCCUGCCAAUAAAAAACAUCCCCACAGCAUGAUGUUGCCACCACCAUGCUUCACUGUGGGGAUGGUGUUCUCAGGUGAUGAGAGGUGUUGGGUUUGCGCCAGACAUAGCGUUUUCCUUGAUGGCCAAAAAGCUCAAUUUUAGUCUCAUCUGACUAGAGUACCUUCUUCCAUAUGUUUGGGGAGUCUCCCACAUGCCUUUUGGCGAACACCAAACGUGUUUGCUUAUUUUUUUCUUUAAGGAAUGGCUUUUUUCUGGCCAUUCUUCCGUAAAGCCCAGCUCUGUGGAGUGUACGGCUUAAAGUGGUCCUAUGGACAGAUACUCCAAUCUCCGCUAUGGAGCAUUGCAGCUCCUUCAGGGUUAUCAUUGGUGUCUUUGUUGCCUCUCUAAUUAUUUUUUUAUAAUGGAUUUAAUGGUGCUCUGUGGGAUGUUCAAAGUUUCUGAUAUUUUUUUAUAACCCAACCCUGAUCUGUACUUCUCCACAACUUUGUCCCUGACCUGUUUGGAGAGCUCCUAGGUCUUCAUGGUGCCCCUUGCUUAGUGGUGUUGCAGACUGGGGCCUUUCAGAACAGGUGUGUAUAUAUACUGAGAUCAUGUGACAGAUGAUGUGACACUUAGAUUGCACACAGGUGGACUUUAUUUAACUAAUUAUGUGACUUCUGAAGGUAAUUGGUUGCACCAGAUCUUAUUUAGGGGCUUCAUAGCAAAGGGGGUGUAUACAUAUGCACGCACCACUUUUCUGUUAUUUAUUUUUUAGAAUUUUUUGAAACAAGUUAUUUUUUUCAUUCCACUUCACCAAUUUGGACUAUUUUGUGUAUGUCCAUUACAUGAAAUCCAAAUAAAAAUCAAUUUAAAUUACAGGUUGUAAUGCAACAAAAUAGGAAAAACGCCAAGGGGGAUGAAUACUUUUGCAAGGCACUGUACUAGACAAGCACUACUUCCUGUGACCAGCUUGAACUGGGCCUACAAAUCAGACAUUAGUAUUCAGAGGCUAAGACUGGAAGCUGCUCAAGUGUUGAAAGCAGUUUACGAGAUGUAGACAAACACAUCUACACCCUGUGUAAAAUGAAUAAUUUUUGAUAAUUUACUCGUCGGCUGAGGAUGUUGCCCAAGCAUUCCUCAAUCCCCUGUACUCCCUGUACACUCCUCUAUCAGGGAGUAAAUUACUCCCAUAACCAUUUCUUGCUUUGUUCUGGCUUGUUAAGUUGUAAUUUGAACUUGACAAAGAGCAACAGAUUUGUGAUAUCACAUUUAAAGCUGAUGAGUGCCUUUGCAUUCACCUUUGUCAGAUCAGGGAUCAAGAUGAAGAUGGAAUAGGGUGCCAUUUGGGACUCCUCUCAGCCAUUUGCACUGUUUCCCCUAUAAUAUUUUCAGCAGCGGUGGCAAAGUUUGCUAGGGGGGUCCGGGAGCACCAAAACAUUUUAGAGGCCCUCGUCUUUUUUUUAUUUAUAACUAAUUACCUGUAAUUAUACACAUUUUGCCCUGGGGCGAAAAAUAAUAAUAAUCACAUUUUAAAGAUGCACUUUGCAGAAAUCGCUCCGCAAUUUCCUGGUUGCUAAAAUUCAAACAAUCAAGUAUAGUGUAGGGAAUCAUUGUACCAUCUAAACCGCUGUGAAAUAUAUUUUCCAUCACCGAAAAUAUUGUUACUCUGUGAUGGGUUUGGCCGGUGAAGGCCGUCAUUGUAAAUAAGAAUUUGUUCUUAACUGACUUGCCUAGUUAAAUGAAGGUAAAAUGUUUUUUUUUUUUGUUUUUUUUUUUUUAAAUGAACAGGGUAGAGUAGAGACUGCCAGGCUGUGAAAUAGCUGUUUUUAAAUUGACACAAUACCUGUUAGCAAAGGUGUCAGCUAGAGAUUACGUGCAGGAGCUUGCAGGAAUUUGUAGUUUUGCAUGAUGUCUACUUUGAUGCUAAUUAGCAUUUUCGAAUCUGAGAGUAGAUCGAGCUGAAAAAAAGUCACCUUGUCCUAGAGAGAUUUACACGGUUAUCAAAACGUCACUCCAGGGUAAGCCUACACGAAACACGGCCAUUACUUUAAGUGUUUCUAAAAUACACAAUGGGAAAAAUGAAUGGUGGAGAAACGAUUGGAGCCAUUUCCCUGUUUGACCGCUAGGUUUUAUGGGUAUUAUGACUCAUACUGUGGUACUCUAUUGCAUCAUGCUGUCGAAAGCGAUGUAUCUGAUGUGUGUUUGGUAAAGCAUACUUAUGAUGUGAUGUCGUCUCCCUCUCCUCCCCUCUUCUAGGUCCAGUGGUCUGACUCAACAUGGACCACAGUGACCAAGACUCACCAUGAGCUGGACGACUUCCUUUCCAAGGUACAAUGAAAAACACAUAUUCCCAUCAAUAGAUUAUAGGCCUAGAAUAUACUGGAUUUAAUGUCAGGUGAAAUUAAGUCACUAUCUGUACGGAGAGGUCUCUACAUUUUACAUUUACAUUUUAGUCAUUUAGCAGACGCUCUUAUCCAGAGCGACUUACAGUUAGUGAGUGCAUACAUUUUUCUACUGGCCCCCCGUGGGAAUCGAACCCACAACCCUGGCGUUGCAAGCGCCAUGCUCUACCAAUUGAGCUACAGGAGGCUCUAGAUGUUGUCUUAUAAAGGUCAACCCAGAUGCAGGGUUUACUUUCCAAAUGUUUUCAUGUGUUUUCUAGUCACUGAAUGCUGAUAGGACUAAUGCUAAUACUGUGACAUACUGUAUUCAAAUGUAUUUCUUCAUCUAGCUUAAUGUAUACCCCUAAAUGUUGUAUGAAUAUAUGUAUGUCUAUGAUAACCGCUCAUAUGAUUCCCUGAACCCCAUACAGCUUCCAUGUGAGAGGUCCACUGAGCCCUUUGAGAAGGGACUGGUGAGGUUACUGGCCCAGGGAGACCAGUAUGAGCCCAGGGACCUGGAGAGGACGCUACAGUGAGUUUCGCUCUUUGUUUGAUCAUUCAGCUCAGAGCAGCACAAAGCAUGAUGGGAAAUCUCAAUAGUUUUUAUCAUGUCAAUAAAAAAAUCAAUUAAAUAUAUACAGUAUAUACUUGAAGGUCAAGCACUUUCCUGUUAACUUUUUUACAUCUUUCUUUACUCUCAAGCCUCAAUAUUGUGGAGAAAGUAGAGUAGACUACCCUCUAGUUAUUGUUACCAACGCUGCCAUAAGCUCCAGUGUUGUCAGUUAUGGUUAUGGUGAAGAACCUCAGGCUUCACAUAUGUCAGAACCAUAGAACCCAGGCAUUGAUAUCUAGGACAAUGGUGAUGAUGUCAUUACCAGAGGGAUUCGCUGGCCAUCCUUUACAGAUAUGGAUGGGAUCACUUUUUCCACUCCCUCUCUUCCACUCCCAUUCAAGCCCCACCAGCACUUUGUGACUUCCCACUCGAAGUGUACCAUAACCGUACCUUGCUAUUUGAUGUACUAGUAUACAACCAGUGAUCUGACACAUGACAUUACAAUUUCCAAGUCACCUUCUCUCUUUCUCUUUCCCGCUGUAUAAUUUACAUCUUUAACUCCCCCUCAUCUCUCUCCACUGUGACAGGGAGAUGCUUCUGUCAGCCCCAGCAGCCUUCAGGCAGAGAGGAGAGGUCUGCAGGUUCCUCCUCCCCCACUGCAGCCACUGUAAGUGUCUGUGCCCCUGGCUCAGCCUUCAGGGAGGUGAGAUAUCAUAUGCUCCACUGACCUGUACAGGAAUGCAUGUCUACAUGAACCAUCCACCUGAUUUAUUAGGGAUACCUAGGAACUCAGAGCACAAUUACCCCUCUCUCUUCUAUAAUAAUUUGUAUGUGGAUUGAUGUGGUCAGUUCCACAUGACUAAUCAUAACAAUUAAUGACUUCUCAGUCAUCCUCUCCAUAUUUUUCACGGCCUUUGAUAACAACGCCCUGAGCCCAGUUUCAAUAGUGCUCCCAGAGGACAGGUAAAUCCUCCAGAAAUAAAACACACACUUCUUGGUGGCAAGCUAAGAUAAAUAAACCCAGCUUCACAGUGAACAGCUCUCAGCAUAGCUGCAGGGCCAGGAGGCUGUUUUACCACAUUCAACCCCAGCCAUUAUCAAUUGACUUACUGAAAUAAUUAUUGACAAUGUUUCCUCCCACCUCUGACCAUUCAAGGGAAUACAUUGCUGGUUGGUUUCACACAGCUGCAUCAAAUUGACCACAGAAAUUCAUAAACCAAUAAUUACUUUUUUGGUUAGUGCCGUGGAAAAGCUGUAAUGUUAUGUAGGCUGGAGGUCUCUUGUCGCCCAUUCCCUAAUAUCUCACCAUCCGGGCUCUCCUACCCAGAUAAUACAGUACCUCCAGGAAAGACCUGGAAGGCACCCGAGCACUUUAAAGAAGACUGCACCGAGCCAUCCAGUCAGGACCAAGGUGUGUGUGCUAUUGUUUCUAUUGUCUUUAUGCUAAAUAAACCAUUACUCUGCCUGUCUGUCAUUCUAUGUGGGGUUGAAAUGACACAGUGUGUGUAAAUGGCUAUUUCAUACAGACAGAUAUUUGUUGCCGGUAGUUGAAGUUCACUAGUACUUCUCUCUCGUCAUUCUCCUCACCCUGACAUAGGGGCUCACCCCCUAGGGCAUCAGACGACGUGCAGCAGCAAGAGCCUAGCACAGAGGUAAGAGCACUAUCUGUUCAGUCCAAGACAUGUGACCUUGUGGCUGAUGCACUGAUGGGUUAUACUAAGAGGAUCCCUCCCUUCUAUUUACAGCACACUGCUGACAAAGAGCAGCCAGAGGCCUGCUGUUCACUCAGAGCACAACGGAGUGGUGGAGAGGAGGAGGGAACCAGGCAUCCUGUCCUGUAGGCUAGACCCACAUCAGGUCAGUCACACUGGCCUCCCCUUUCUCUCCCUGGCCUGGCCACUAGAGAUACUGGUAGGGUGGCGGUGGAGGACUGUCAAAGUGCUGUAUACUGCUGACUGGCAUUUGUUAUUUUUUGUUUGAUUCAAUAAUACUCCUUUGCAUCUGUUUAGGGUGUUAAAUGACCUCCUCUCUCUUCAGAACGCAGAUGAGAAAUGGGCUUUCACUCCAGAAAGGAUGAGUAGAAGAAGACUUGAUGGAAGGAGAAGUGAGGGGGCUAAAGGCUACAUUAUCAGACCACAGUCAACACACAUGACCAGACAGGGUGUCAGUAAGAGUAAGUAACCAGUGGGUGUGGCAAUAGCCUAUCCUAUUUGUUUUCCAACUUAACAAUGAACAUUAUAACAACAUGUAUGUUGUGCAUUCCUUUACCACUGUAGAGCCGGUCCAGGACAGGUAUGGAGACACGUGGUCCAAUAGCUCCAGUACUCCCUCCAGUUCCCAGCACGAGGCACAUGAGAGCCUGGAGGAUCUGGAGGACAAGAGAGGUGAGUGGCCCCUCUAAACCCUGUCUGUCCCCCUCUCUUUCCUGUUGGGAACUCAUGGGGAUUAAUCCUAGUCUAAAUAGCACUUUCAAUGGAGAUUCUCCAUUUAGUCAAGGACAAGAACUUAACUGGGUCUGGGAAACCGGCCCAUGACGUCUGAGUCUUUAGUGCUGUUCAACCUCAAGAUGUCUUUUAAUGAUAGCUUCUCUCUCCCCCAGACACUGCUGAGAGUUACUCAGACCACUCUGUCCAGGAGAAGAGGGCGAGUGAUCACAGCAGGGGGGAGGUUGUAGCUACUGUACCCCCUAUAGUCCCUGUCCCCCACAAGGAAGAGCCAUCGUACACUGGCAGUCCCCUGAGUGUACAUCCUCUACCAAUGACGGUCCAGAAUGGGCCAACCAUGCCAGACGGGAUGGUCACAGUCCCUCCACAGCCGGGGAACGGUUCACCAGCAGAGGGGGCAAUGACUGGGACCACCCCCAUGGUUCCUCAGGAGUCCAUCUCAAGCCAAGCUCCCCUGGGAGACCCUGAGAGACAGAGGCAUGUGUCUGUGUCUGCCUCCCUGAGCUCACCUCAGCCAACCAAUGCAAGCUUCAGCAUUCACCCCAUGCCCCAGCAUUAUAGGACCCCCACCAGCCCAGAGAGUAGAAGCACUAACCCCCAGCACCAGCCCCCCAUUAGCGCCAUCAGUGUCAUCCCUCUGACCUUCCACAUGUCCCCCCUGAUGCCAGCAUACACCAGCACUGACCCAGCCUCCACCGCCACCCUACCCCUAACAGCCUCUCUCCCUGACUCUAGCACCGGGCCCCAAGCCCUGGCUGCGCCCACCAGCCUACCCACCCCUACCACCGUGACACCCUCCUCAGGGGCCACUGUCACCCCAGCUGCCAUCAGACAGGUUCAGGCCACUCUGCCCCCAGCCGUCCCCACUCACACCCCCGGCACCGUUGCCAGCCCAGCCCUGACCCUCACCCACAGCACGGCCCAGGGAGAUGGCACCUCUUCCUGCAGCAGCUCUGGGGUGGCAGCAGGGCAGACCCAGCAAAAGCCGCAGCCCCAGCAAAAGGCCCACCCUCCACAGCAACAGCAGAUGAGCUGCAACACCUGCGGUUGCCGUGGCAGCUGUGGUAGUAGCCACUCUGCUGCCCCCAACCCCAACUUCUACUUCCCUUCCCAGCUGGGGCACCAGGUCUUCAGCGCCACCCACUUCCCUCUCUUCCACCUCCCGUCCAUGUGCAGCACUGGAUACCCCAGCCACCGCAGCCAGGUCCAACGCCAGAGCAACGGCACCACCCAGCUACCCUUCUACCCCCCUCCACCUCACACGGCCAACCCCACCUUUACGCCACCGCAAUACAACAGUGGACCACUGCUCCACACCACCCACUCCCACUCUGACCACAUGCUGGCCACCCAGCCUGGAUACAACCUGCAGCAGAUGGCAGCUGCUCCCUUCAACCGCUUCUACACGCCCAUGUUCUCCUCGGUGGGCAUGAAGAAGAGCAGUGCCAACGUCUCUUGCUAUAACUGUGGGCUAAGCGGGCAUUAUGCCCAGGACUGCAAACAACCCUCCAUGGAUGCUGGGCAGCAAGGUAAUACUGGCCAGGCUAGUGGCAGAGAGAGAAGGUGAAGUCUCGUACAGUGAGAGCAGAGAAAAUAAGGGAUUCCUCUUCCUUAGUUUCAGCGUAGGAAGGCAAAGCUUUAUUUGGUAACCUGUUUUUUUCACUGUCCAACAUUUUUAUGUCCGAAGCUGGAUUGUCUGAAUGAGCUAAAGAGCUCUAUUAAACACCCAGGCCAAGUGUUAAAACAUAUUUUGAUAGGACUGACUCUGAAUCUGAAAGACUAGCAUAGACUAUGGACAUCACAUUUCUUUAGGUUACUUGUUGACUGGUUUGGCACGCAACACUGACGCACUCCUCUGUGUGUGUGCGCGUGUGUGUUUCAGGUGGCUUUCGGCUGAAGUACACGGGCCCCCACUCCUUUGAAGCAGACUAAACUGACUGACAUGAGAGGGGACCAAGACAAUGCUUUGUUUAUCUCACUUACUACAGUAAAGAUUCCAGAAACCCAUUGUUUUCAAGGGUUGAGGUUUUCACCAAUUGUAUUACCUUGCAAAUAUCCUGACUUGUUUCUCAGCAAAGGAUGGAAUCCUGUAUAAUUCUCAGACUUUUCAGAGGACGGUGGUAUUUUGCACUGGAGACAAGUACGAGACAGGCUCACGUUUCCAGACUAGUCUCUUACUUUAA